GGGGGGCUCGUGGAGCGGCGGCGAGCAGUUCCGGGUGAUGGUUCGUGCGGUGGCUGUUUCCUGGGUUAGAGGUCCCGGGCCGGUGUGAGGGAGAGCCGAGGCGCGCACACACACACACACACAGCGGGUGGACACAUGUCAGCCGAGGCCGACACCAUGGUGCCUGAGGCCGGCGCGGCCAACGCGGGGCCCGGCGAUGACGAGGAGCACUGGCUGUACGGAGAUGAGAAUGACCCAAAUAAACAGGAGGAACAAGCGCCAGUUGACAGUGCUACUGAAAAUGCACCGCUUCCUGCUGCUACUGUUGAAGAACCCAAAGACAAUGGGGUGGCUAGAAUGCAGCCUACAGAUGAAGGUGAGGAAGAGAGCGACAGUGAUAGUGAUGACGACGAUGAUGAUGUUCAAGUCACUAUUGGUGACAUUAAAACUGGGGCACCUCAAUACACCUAUGGAGUAACGCCUGUAAAUCUCAAUAUCAAAUCGUCAGGAAGAUUAUAUGGAUCUGGAAUCAAAGCAGGAAAGGGAGUUGAUCUUGAUGCCCCCGGUGAUAUCAGUGGGAUCCCAACAUUAGAAAUAGACUUGGAUUCUUUUGAAGACAAGCCUUGGAGAAAACCAGGUGCUGACCUCUCUGAUUACUUCAAUUACGGAUUCAACGAGGAGACUUGGAAAGCUUACUGUGAGAAACAGAAGCGAUUGAGAAUGGGACUUGAACCUCUUCCUCCUUCCUCAACAACAAAUCGAAUCACAGUACAACAGGGCAGAACUGGAAAUCCCGAGAAAGAGCCAGAGAUACCACCCCCUAAAAUGGAUUUCCCAUCUCCUCCAAAUCGCUACAGAGCAGGACCACCACCAAACAGAAGGUUGUCUGGGUCAAUCGAGGUUAUUGGAGGUCAGUUGAUUACUAUUGCUCGGGUUGAGGGCCGGCGUCGGGAUCGGGGUGGAGCAGAUGAAAAUGCCAUCCAGGUACUUGGUGAUCAUGGAGCAGUAGAAUUUGUUAACAGCAACAAUCCAACGAAGCGGCCUCCGUUUCUUCCUCCAGGGGCACCUCCCCUUCACAUGACUGGGCCACCUCCACCAUUCCUACCCCCUCCUCCACCUGUCAGUGCCACACCUCCUCUUCUUCACCCACCAGGAAUGCCUUUGACAACACCACCACCAGGUUUUCUGCCUCCACCUGGAGCUCCACCACCUUCACUUGUGCAAUUGGAAAGUGGAGCUCCACCCUACAACAAUCGUGCCGCUCCUCCGUUUGGAUACUCAACCAAUGCUGGCUGCGUGAUGUCAGUGUUUCACAAACCUGACGGGGACCAUCUACAACCUGAUCAGAUGUUUGGAUUUCAGCUAUUUAGAGAUUAUGGUAAUUUGACCUAUCCCAAUAUCCCAGUUUCUUCUUCCUGGACAACUCUAAUUGAUAAUAACAAUAAGCAGCCUCAGCAGCAGCCACAGCACUGGGAUUAUUAUCCCCGGAGAGAGAGGGAAAGGGAACGUGAACGGGAUCGCACCAGAGAACGAGAUCGUGAUCGCGACAGAGAACGAGAACGUGAUCAUGAGCGAGAGCGGGACCGGAGCCCCAGUUCAAGUGCUUACAACGGUGAAGAAGGUCGGUACAGACACAGAGACUAUCAGUCAGACAAAGUCUACGAUCGUGAUUACCAUCACAGAGAUAAAGUUAGCAGAGAAAAAGAAGAUCGUCACAAAGAACGACGCCACCGGGACAAAGAGGAGGGUAGACACAAAUCAUCAAGAAGCAGCAGCAGACGGCGCCACGACAGUGAAGAGGUAGAUGGCCACAAGCGACACAAACAUAAGAAGUCCAAGCGAAGCAAAGAAGAUAAAGAAGCCAGUGAGGAACGUUCCCAGGAACCAGAGCCCAGCGAAGCUGCUAGUAGUAACUAGAAUCUAGGUUCUCCCCCACUACCUGCAUUGCUACUGAUUAGUUGGAUGGCAAAUAUUGGAAAUACUUGAAAAUCUUUGUUCAGGUGAUAAUUAACCUGAAUUUCUGCAGAUGUCAGAAUUUCAAAGACUGUUGAAGUUGUUGGUGCUUUUAAGUACUUACUGUGUUAUUAAAAAAAAAAGUUUGUAUUAGUUUGUUGAAAAAGAAUAAAAUUUCUGGACUUUUCGUUU